GCCUAGCCUUGAUGUGCUCAUUUUCAAACACAGGAAAACAUGCCAAAUACCAAACAUUACUAAUAUUAAAUGUCACAUGGUUUCACUUAAGGGAUUGUCUCUUCCCUUGUGAAUAUAUAUAACCAAACUACAUUGCCCUUCUAUCCAUAGCAACAACAUACCUUUCUUUCUUCUUCUUCUUCAUUCAUCUCAAAUUUUCAUUCCCUCUAUACUUGACAAAAUGAUCAGUGCUAAGAAGCUACUCAAAUUGGCAAGGAAGUGGCAAAAGCUGGCUAAUAUCAAGAGGAAAAGAAUCUCAUUUCCUAGAGCCACUAGAAAUCCAGAUGAAAGUUGCAACUCAUCGUCGGUGGUGGUUCAUAAGGGUCACUUUGUUGUUUACACUGCUGACCAAAGACGCUUUGUGCUUCCUCUGGAAUAUCUUAACGAGGAAAUUUUCAAGGAACUCUUUAGAAUGUCAGAAGAAGAAUUUGGACUGCCCAGAAAUGGGGCUAUCACACUCCCAUGUGAUGCAGUGUCUAUGGAGUAUGUAGUUUCUAUGAUCCAACAGAAUAUGGCCAAAGAUCUAGAGAAAGCAUUAGUCAAGUCCAUAGCUAAUGGUUGCCAUUCAUCAUCUUCAUAUCUCCCUCCAGAUCUACCCAACAAACAAAUACUAAUCUGCAGCUUCUGAAGCAAAGUGUACUUCUUUUUGCAAAUGAUUUACAUGUAUAUAGUGAGACUAUAAUAUUGUAUAAAAUUGUCAACAGUUCUUUCA